CGAAUGCUUUAUUUCACGAGAUGAAGCAAUUUGGGUGUUCACGAGGUAUCUGACUUCGCGAGUCGGUAUUUUUAACAAAGUGUUGCAUGUCUCUGUCGGCAAAUUUACCGACAGUCGGCACGGUAAUAUCAAUCAUUUUUCGUCGCGUGAGGUACGCGCGAGGUACGCGCGAUUUGAACAAUGUAGCAAUCAAACAUAUAAAGGGGAACGCGUUUCUGUCUGCGAAGUGACGGUCGACACGGCAAUAUCAAUCAUUUUUCGUCGCGUGAGGUACGCGGGAGGUACGCGCGAUUUGAACAAUGUAGCAAUCAAACAUAAAAGUUAUGCGUUUUUGUCGGCAAAAUUAAAGUCAGUACGGCAAUAUCAAUCAUUUUUUUGUCAUUCUAAUAUCUUUUGUCAGACAAUAAGAUGAUACAGUAUAAGUAUGGACAGAAAUCUCGGCACGGUCAUUCAAUCUUUGAGACGACUUAGACGUGUGAGACGAGAGACUGCCACUGUGUACAACAUGUUCGCCUGGUUAAAGAGAGCCAAUCCCUCGCUGAAGCCUUCCACCACGCCGGGACUGCCAAACCCCAUGGACACGAAGAACCCCGAGGCAACGGCAGCGGCUAACAGGGAGGUGGAGAGGGUCAUCGCAGAGUCAGCGAGCCGCAAGAGAAAGCGCGGCACGUACGGUCACUACAGCCCAGAGAUGCGAGCUAAGAUCGCCAGAGUGUGCGUGGAGGUCGGCGCAUCAAAGGCGGCAAGACGGCUGUCCGCAGAAGUGGGCCGCGAGCUCAACGAGAGCACCGUCCGCUCCAUUAAGAACAGUUACACGAAGGAGCUGAAGAGGCUGGGAAAGGACAGCAUCGAGAACUUUCCACGCAAAAACACUGGACGGCCACUCAUGCUCGGCGACCUCGACGAUCAGCUGAAGGAGUACACCCAAAACCUGAGAAGGGCGGGGGGCGUGGUCAACCGGCUCGUGGUGCAGGGAGCCGCCCGCGGCCUUGUGGCGCGGAAAGACCGAAGCCUCCUCGUGGAACACGGCGGUCACAUCAGGAUUUCAAAGCCGUGGGCCAACUCCUUCCUGCGCCGCAUGAACUUUGUCAAGCGGAAGGGCACCAAGGCGGCUAGGAAGGUUCCCCAGGACUUCGACCAGACCCGGGACGACUUCCACCAGAGGAUUGAGGACAUCGUCCGUGAGAACGACAUCCCGGACGAGCUUGUAGUCAACUGGGACCAGACCGGGAUCAACGUCGUCCCCGUGGGCGGCUGGACGCUUGCAGAGGAGGGAUCCCGACAGGUUUGUUUGUUUGCUUGUUUUAUUGAUAUCUUUAUCUGUAAAACAGUUCUAUACACUUUGCUUAUGCCAGUAAAAUGAUUGUAGUUCUUAGUCUACUACGAG